UAUCAAAUACUACAUCCCUAACUUGCUACAUUUAGUGGGCCUGAUUAUGAUACAACUGUAAUACAUGUACCAUCAUCAUACACAUAGUAAUUAUAUCAAGGCCUUGAAUGGGGGCCUCCAGUGUUUUUUACAGAAGGGUGUGGAAUUGAGACAAGCAAACCUAUCAUGUAUACAAGAUCAGCAAACCAAUGGCCACAGUUGCAUGCAGUUGUGUGUAAGGACUCGAUCAGGUGGAGGGUGAGUAAACAUGUAGUGAUGCCACCUUGUACAUUGUAAUUGCAUAGAGGGAGGCUCUUUCCCUUAGACUAAGGGGAAUGACCAUGCAAAUGCUAAUUACCAUACAAUCAGGCUUAUAUAGUCAGGGAUCUAUUGUCUUCUUUCAAGACUAGUAACUAGUACAGGCCCCGAGGGCAUUAUGUAAUCCAUAAUUAUGGCAUGUUGCACAAGGGCGCCUGCAAUAACAGUAUGUCAGAUAUAGACUCCGACGCAAGCCGUGAGGCCCGUGACUUCUGCAUGACAAAAAGUCGUAGUGACAGCUGACCAACAUUAAUUUUGCCAUGAUACAGUAGGUAGACUGACCCUAUGCUUUUUUUUUCACCCAUUAUUCUGUUUGACAUUGUAUCAACAGUACUAUAAAGUUAUGGCUGUUGAAAGAUAUUCAACUACGUGUACAUGUAUACACACACACUCCGGCUAAAACAUUGUACGACUCAUAUAAAAUCCAAUUAUUCUCGUAAAAAAUCUGUCCAAAUGUGAUUAUUAAGACGUAGGCAAAUUAAGACGUAGACAUAUAUAAGACGUAGACAUAAACACAGCACACAACGACACAAGCCAUAAUUAAUAUAUCACGAUUCUCAUUGUUAUCUUGUUGACUUGAACUGAUUCAUAAUAGCCAUUUUUGCAUGAGAAUAUCGUUAUGCAAAACGUAAUGUAAUUAACUUGGUGUGGCCUCUAUUGACAUGCCAGAGGUUGAUAUUCCCUGAAUGCUAAAUCCAUACUUUCUAUUUUUAGCGGUGACAAUACUAUAUUUGUAUUGCUAUUGAGUGCAUUUCUAUACUGGCCUGGAGCCUAUAUACAUUGUAUAGACAUAAUAGAUCUAUAAUUAUGAUAGUCUAUAAUAAUUAUUAUAGCUUGCUGUAGUUUUUGUGUGCUAGUGUUGUUCUAUAGUUGUUGCAGUACUAGUCAGUAGCAGCCACAUACUGUUGGAGGUUGCUAGCACAAGGACUUGGCAUGAGACAAUGGCCACUGGGAAAAACUCAGAUGCUCAAGAACAGCUGGCUGUGGAUCUGUGGGAGGCUGUUAUAGAUGAUGAUGUCAGCAAGGUGAGGUCCUUGUUGGGACAGGGGGCCAACCCCAAUCACCAGCUGUAUUGGAGUGUAGAUUGGUAUCAGUUUUGGAAGAAAAAUAGAUACCCUCCAGUACAUGAAGCAUGCAAGGAAGGUUACCUGGAAAUCACCAGGGCACUUGUUAGUGGCGGAGCUGAUAUUGAGAAAGGGGGUGGAUAUUGGGGAGGGACUGCAUUUCACUAUGCGUGUCGAGGAGGACAUAAAGAGACUGUUGUGUACCUGUCACAAUAUGUUAAUUGCUUUAUUGAUGUGAGAGACAAGUACAGCCUAACACCACUGCACUAUGCUUGUACGGGUGGAAGUAUUGAAGUUGUGCAGUACCUAGUGAUAAUGCUGAAGUGCAAUUUUGGUUUAAGAGAUAAGUACAACCAGAUACCACUGCACUGUGCUUGUUAUCAUGGUCACAAAGACGUUGUACAGUGGUUAGUGGAGGAGUGCAAGUGUGAUGUUGAUAUGACUGAUUAUGGCGGGAGGACUCCUCUUGACGUGGCAGUAUACGAAGGUCGCACUAAAGUUAUUGACUAUCUUAAGUCUCUACGGAUGCGCUCUACUUCAGAAUCCGAACCAGCCAGUUUUAAAAACCAAAGCUACUUGCAAAAACUGGAUGAGCUGCUGGCCGACAAAACUAAUACGAUUGAGCUUCAGUACCUCAAGAUGCACUUUAUCAGUCCCUCGGGUGUUGGAAAAACAACCACUCGACAGCGUCUUGUUAGAUCGAUUAUUAACCUGUCUUUGCUGCCCGAAGAUCAAAGGAAACGUUGCAGUACAUUUCUUGCCGAGUGCGAACAAAUAUUGGCCUUUGUAGACAAAUCUGGAACAAAGCUUGAAUUCAAAACAUCUUCAAAUCUGGAGGAGGAAACACAGUUUAUCUUCUCUUACCUUAUGUCAUGUGAAAACAGCACCAUCAGCAAUAUUAGUCCACCUGAUAAACAGCCGAAAAAAUCACAAGGUUUCGCCUCUUCAAAAGAAACAACUAAUGUCGAGAAAGAACCUCUUAACAAGAGCGAUGAAACCGUCUCAACUGGACUGGAGAGACAAAAAGUUAUGAAUGUGUCUGUGACCACAGUUGAUGUUGGAAAGGUUGUCACAAGACUCCGUAGUAUUGUGGGUUCGGGAAAGUACAGCAAAGAGCUGCAAAGCAAUGUCCUACUCAAUCUGGUUGAUAUUGGAGGGCAGCCUGGAUUCAUGGAGAUGUUUCCAUUCCUAAGCAAAGGUGCAGGAAUUUUUCUGUCAUUCUUUCGACUGGACAAAGACCUCGAUGACUUGUGUCAAGUAUCCUACGAACGAGGUAGUGACAAGAUCACACCAUAUGUUUCAACUUAUACAAGCAGAGAAACGCUCUCUCAAGUCCUCUCAGCUAUCAGCCACUAUACGAAGAUUGACUCGGAUAUUGAUCGUGAGUUGUGCAAUAAACUUGGCAAACUAGGCUCCGCUAAGCCUGUUGCUACCCUCAUAGGUACUUUCAAGGAUGAACUUGAAAUGCAAAUCAAGGUGGAUCUUUUGUAUGAGAAAUUUUGUACGUCAAGAAAAGCUGUGAACAAGACACGUACCACUGCCAGCAAAAGUGACAGCACCACUACCAGCAAGAGUGAUAGUAUCACUGCCAGCGAGACCACUGCUCAAAAUAUUGAGAUUUCCCACGAACAAAACAAAGCAAUUCGGAACAUUUUGACUCGAAAAAAGUAUAAUGAUAAGCAAGCCAACGUCAGUGCAGAAGACAUGGCUGCCAUUCAGCGAACAGUCAGCCAACACCUUAACUCAGAUGCUUUCAAAAAAGACGUCAAAGACCGUUUAGAGCAGAAGUUGGAAGAGAAAAACGAAGCCGUGAGCACGAUUACCAGCAAGUUUGAAGAUUUACUUUCUAACCCAAAAGAUAGGAACUUCAUACCAGUUGACAACUAUGAAGGCACUGAUUCUGAUAUGGAUCCUCUUCGUGAACAUCUUCGUGGCAUAUUGAGUAGCUAUUUCAAAGAUACCAACCUUCGAAUUCGCCCACAGCAGCUUUUGUUUGGAGUUGUUCUGAGAAAGGAGUUUGACAUUGUAUCUAUCGAAGAUUGCAUUCGUAUCGGUACCGAGGGGUUAAAUAUGAGAGAAGAGGAGGUUCGAUUCACCGUUUGGUACCUGGAGCUUUGA